AUGCGUUUCACUAUCGCUACUGUUAUUCUCUCUUUGGCCUCAAUGGUCGUUGCUAUUCCCACUACGGAAUCAACUAUCUUCGCUCGUGGUGGAAGUCAAACCUGUGCUCAGGGUCAAACACUCUCGUGUUGUCAAUCUGUUACCUCUGGGGGUGAUGGUCUUUUAGGCAAUCUAUUGGGAUUGAACUGCGCAGAAAUCCCAAUCCCGAUCCUCGGUGUCGUGCUCGGAGGCAAAUGCAACUCGGCCCCCGUCUGCUGUAAUGUAAACGGUGGCGAUACCAGCGGUGGAAUCAAUGUUCUCACCAAUAGCUGCGUUGCCAUUCCCAUCGUUCUUUAG